GUUCCGGCGGCUCAUUCCGGCUGGGACACUCGCCAAAAGCAACAUCAGCAGCAAAACCUUCAUACAGCAUCAAGUCGAUAACUGCAAUAUAGAAGCGAAGGAGAAGCAAUAGGCAUGGCGUUUCGCGUGUUGCUAGGCCUCUUGGCGCUGACCGCCGCGGCGUCGGCCUCCUCGGACCUCCAGGACAUCCUGCCGUCGGACGUCCCCAUCACCAUGAUGGAGAGACUCACCGACGACGCAGCGGCUGCUCGGGGAGAGUAUAUUGAGCACGCGACGUCCAUGGGCAUCGCGAAGGGCCGGCGAGAGCCUUCCCUUGGUGUCCAACCGCUCAACAGCCACUUCUUCUCCUUCAGAGGCAUCCCCUUCGCCGAACCUCCCGUGGGAGACCUACGGUGGGCGGAGCCUGUUGACAAAAGAGGGGCGUGGCCCGGAGGCUUCUUAGACGCGACGAGGUUCCGCCCCUUCUGCCCGCAGUACGACACUGAGAGCAACCGCGUCCUGGGCAAGGAGGACUGCCUUUAUCUUAACGUCUACACGCCUUAUCUGCCAGGGUCAGAGACUGCAGGCAACAAGACAGGUCAGCUCCCUGUGUUCGUGUUCUUCCACGGCGGCGCCUUCCUCAGGGGCUCGUCCUCGGCGCACGGCCCCGCCAGGCUUCUCGGCCACGACGUCGUGGUCGUCACACUCAACUACCGCAUCGGGGCACUCGGAUUUCUCACGACGGAGGACGCGGAGCUCCCCGGCAACUACGGGAUGCUGGACCAGGUCUCGGCUCUCCGCUGGGUGCGCGACCACAUCGCUCAGUUCGGCGGCGACUCCUCCAGGGUGACCAUCGGCGGCUUCUCUGCGGGUUCUGCGUCCGUCCAUCUGCACAUGGCUUCGCCCCUUUCCAGAGGCCUCUUCCACGGCGGCCUCAUGAUGAGCGGCUCGGGGAACUGCGAGUGGGCCGUUAGGGAAAACCUCAGCGCUUUCGCCUACCAGCUUGCGAGGGGCGUCGGAUGUCCCGUCACCCCAACGGCGCUGAUGAGGACCUGCCUCUCCGCGAUUCCCAUGGAGGACCUCCUCACUGCGCAGGCCGCUAUGCAUAAAUUCGGGUUCUGGCCGCUGCCGUUCGUCCCGACGGUGGACGGGGGGCGCCGCGCCCAGCCCUUCCUGCCGGGGAGCAUGUCCUCGCUGCCCCUCUCCCAAGUGCCCGUCCUGCUCGGCUCAGUGCCUGACGAAGGCCUACUCUUCGCUGCAGGUGUUUUGCUCAUGGCGAAGGAACCUGACAGCGCAGCCUCCGUGUACGAGGAGGCCGUGCCGUACGUGUUCAACGCCUGGCACAACGAGCAUGAAAUCCCGCUCAUGAAGUCGCUGGCCGAGGCCUUCUACUUCACCGAGCGAGCCAAGGAAUCCCUCGAUGUUCUGCUCGAAGAGAUGUCUGAGGCUUUGACGGACUACGUGUUCGGGCAUUGCGUGUGGGACGAUGCUAUGUUAUUUGCCGAGAAUGGGAUGGAAGUUUAUACUUACCUUAAUGCUCACCGCGACAUCGACACCCCCACCUGGGCCACGCCCCUGUACGACCGCCUGCGAGACCUGGGCGUCCGGACACCGAUGCUGGAGACGGGCGUGUCCCACGGCGACGAUAUGGUGCACCUCUUCGACUUCCCGUACACCCUCAGCAAGUUCUCGGCGCGGGACCAGAUGGUGUCCACCUUCGUCACGACCACGUGGACCAACUUCAUCACAAACGGGUCGCCCGUGAUAGGAGACACAAGCCAGCUUUCAUGGGCCAACCUCGACAGCUGGACGCCCUUGCAGCCUAAUCAACCCAUGAGCUAUUUCCGCAUUUCCGUCGAGCCGACCAUGGUGUCACGACCACACAAAGGAAAGGAAAGGAAUUUCUGGCAGCAAGUAGUACCAAGCGUCGUUAGCCAGAUGCCAUCGGAAGCAGCAAGCAAAGGCGCGUGCCACAGGAGGGAGCAGGCGUCGUGCCCGGUUUCGCCCCGCCCUUUCGCCGAUUAAUGGGAACUAAUGCCCAUACGCUAAACGCAUGCCCUUGCGGACAUACACACAUACAGCAACGCGUAUACACACUAGCACACAAACACCAUUGACAUAUACGUACGAGCACAUAUGCAAGCACACACACACAACUAAGAUAAACAUGCUGUAAAUAUUCGUGUUUGAUGUCGAAGUUACGCAUUUGUAUAUAUUGUGAGAUUUUUUAUCGCAUUAAUUCUAGAUAAUAAGGUCUGAGUGCUUUUUAAUAUUAUAUGAUCGUGAAAAUGAUUUUUGUACAAUAGCAUAUUUUUAUAAUAAAAAUUACCUAGCUA